ACUCAGAAACAUCAUUCAUUUCGCCGUUGUUUCAAUGUUUCCCUUUCUUCUCCUACCGCGCAUCAAAUUCUCUGCGAUCUUCAACAAACCCUAACCCCUUCUUCAGAUUCUUUAAUUCCCAAUCUCAAUUCUCUCUAAUAUCAUUCAAUCGAUAUACUGUUCUAUAUUUGGGGAUUUUAGGGUUUGCCACAAUGAACGUAGGUGACCUACACAAAGUUUGGGAAAUCAAAGCUCUGAAGAGAAAGCCAGGGGAAGAACAAGCUCACAAGAUGUUGGAGAAGAUUGCCAAACAGGUUCAGCCUAUCAUGCACAAACACAAAUGGAGGGUCAAACUUCUCUCUGAGUUCUACCCAAACAAUCCAUCUCUUCUGGGGUUGAAUGUUGGAGCUGGUAUUCAGGUUAAGUUGCGGCUACGGAGGCCGAACAGGGAUUCAGACUUUUACCCAUAUGAUCAAGUUUUAGAUACGAUGCUUCAUGAGCUUUGUCAUAAUGCACAUGGUCCUCAUAAUAGCAGCUUCUACAAGCUUUGGGAUGAACUUAGAAAGGAAUGUGAAGAGUUGAUGUCUAAGGGGAUAACUGGCUCUGGGGAAGGGUUUGAUCUCCCAGGAAAGCGCUUGGGUGGUUAUUCUCGUCAACCUCCACUCUCAUCUCUACGUAAAACUGCACUUUCAGCUGCAGAAAAGAGAUCAAAGUUGGGGUCUCUUCUUCCAUCUGGACCAAAUCGUAUUGGUGGUGAUAGUGUUAUAAUGAAGGCACUUACUCCAGUACAAGCGGCUGCGAUGGCUGCAGAAAGGAGAUUACAGGAUGACUUAUGGUGUGGUUCCCAAUCAUGUGAUCCUUCAGAUCAUGGAGAUGGUAACAGUGAAUCUGCUGAAAACCGUGAAAAUAAGCAGAUGAUUGUGGGAAGCUCAAAACCAACUGAAAAUUCUACUCUAGCUUUGGAUCCGACAUCACGGAAAAGAAGGCGUGGCAAGGAUUCAAGUUUGCCACUUCAUUCAUCUAGUAACCAUAAAUUUGUUGAUUUGACACUGGAUACCCCAGAAAAGGGAUGUGUCAAUGAAAAUCAGACUGGGUCUCAACGAAGAAAUUUUGGAUUAGAAACCAUUCCAUAUUCUCAACCGAGCUCUCAAGCAGGAUCUACUUCUUCAAAUUUAUCAAGUCCAUCUGGGUCACUAUCUGGUGAUAAUAGAACACUUCAUUUUGAAGAAACUGCAAUGUGGCAGUGUCUGACGUGCACUCUGUUAAAUAAAUCAUUAGCCCCUAUAUGUGAAUUGUGUGGCACACAUCAGCCUAGAGAUGUUACUACCAAGCACAACACUUGGUCUUGUAAAUUUUGCACGUUGGAGAACAGUGCGAAGUUGGAGAGAUGCUCAGCCUGUGACCAGUGGAGAUACUCUAACGGCUCCAACCUUGGCCCUUGACAGAACCAUGUAAUUUGCUUUAUGGCUAAAUAUAGAUAAUCUUUUGGCAUUGGUCUUCACAAAAUUGAAAAUUGUUCAUAGCCAUCAAUGUUUUGCAUCCUUGGUUUUUAUUUUCAGUAUACACCGAUGAAGUUCAAAAUUGGUGCAUGCUGUGCCAUAUUUUAUUGAUAUAUCAAUAUUAAAGUUUGACUUUGAUAUGAAAAGUUCACAAAUUCGGCAUUCUCAA